GCCGCCGCUGCCGCCGCCAUGCCGAUCAACAAGCCUGAGAAGCUGGACAAGCCAGAGAGCUGCGAUAAUGUCAAGGUCGUGGUUCGGUGCCGGCCUCUUAAUGAACGAGAGAAAGCCACAGGCUACAAAAUGGCAGUGAAUGUGGAUGAAAUGAGAGGAACUAUAACUGUUCAUAAAACAGACUCAUCCAAUGAGCCUCCCAAGACAUUUACAUUUGACACGGUGUUUGGACCAGAGAGUAAACAGCUGGAUGUCUAUAAUUUAACUGCAAGACCUAUAAUUGACUUUGUCCUAGAAGGAUAUAAUGGUACUAUUUUUGCAUAUGGGCAGACUGGAACAGGCAAAACCUUCACCAUGGAAGGGGUCCGAGCAGUUCCUGAGCUUCGAGGCAUCAUUCCCAAUUCCUUUGCCCAUAUAUUUGGUCACAUUGCCAAGGCAGAGGGGGACACAAGGUUUUUAGUUCGUGUCUCUUACCUGGAAAUUUACAAUGAAGAAGUGAGGGACCUGCUAGGAAAAGACCAGACGCAGAGAUUAGAGGUUAAAGAGAGACCUGAUGUGGGAGUUUAUAUCAAAGACCUUUCAGCUUAUGUCGUAAACAAUGCAGAUGAUAUGGACAGAAUCAUGACUCUGGGCCACAAGAACCGUUCUGUUGGUGCCACAAACAUGAACGAGCACAGCUCUCGCUCACACGCCAUCUUCACUAUCACGAUCGAGUGCAGCGAGAAGGGGGUCGAUGGUAACAUGCACGUGCGCAUGGGCAAGCUGCACCUCGUGGACCUCGCCGGUUCUGAAAGACAGGCAAAAACUGGAGCCACAGGGCAGCGCCUGAAGGAAGCUACCAAGAUCAACCUCUCUCUUUCCACACUGGGGAAUGUUAUCUCUGCACUGGUGGAUGGCAAGAGCACCCACGUGCCCUACCGUAACUCCAAACUUACACGGCUCCUUCAGGAUUCUCUGGGCGGCAAUUCCAAAACCAUGAUGUGUGCAAACAUUGGACCAGCUGACUACAACUAUGAUGAGACUAUCAGCACUCUCAGGUAUGCAAACCGAGCCAAGAACAUCAAGAACAAAGCCAGGAUCAAUGAGGAUCCUAAGGAUGCUCUGCUUCGCCAGUUUCAGAAAGAAAUUGAAGAGCUGAAGAGGAAACUGGAGGAAGGGGAAGAGAUAUCUGGUUCUGAGAGCAGUGACUCUGAAGAGGAGGAUGAAGAUGAUGAAGGGGAGAUUGGAGAGGAUGGGGAGAAGCGGAAGAAACGGCGAGGCAGUAGCAGCAGCAGUAGUUCAGACUCUACAUGCUCUGUCAUAGAGAAACCUCUGGAUAAGUCCUUCACUAAUCAAGCAGGCAAAAAGAAAGUUUCCCCUGAUAAGAUGGUAGAGAUGCAAGCAAAGAUUGAAGAGGAGAGAAAAGCUCUUGAAACUAAGCUUGACAUGGAAGAAGAAGAAAGAAAUAAAGCCAGAGCUGAGCUGGAGAAGAGAGAAAAAGACUUGCUUAAAGCUCAACAAGAGCACCAGUCCCUCUUGGAGAAACUGUCUGCACUGGAGAAGAAAGUGAUUGUAGGAGGAGUGGACUUGCUGGCAAAAGCAGAGGAGCAAGAGAAGCUUCUAGAAGAAUCAAAUAUGGAACUGGAAGAACGAAGGAAGAGAGCAGAACAGCUUCGCAAGGAGCUUGAGGAGAAGGAGCAAGAACGCUUGGACAUCGAGGAGAAGUACACCAGUCUCCAGGAAGAAGCACAGGGGAAAACCAAAAAGCUGAAGAAAGUCUGGACCAUGCUUAUGGCUGCAAAAUCAGAGAUGGCAGAUCUCCAGCAAGAGCAUCAGAGAGAGAUUGAAGGAUUACUAGAGAAUAUUCGGCAGCUGAGCAGGGAACUUCGUCUUCAGAUGCUUAUCAUAGACAACUUCAUUCCUCAGGACUACCAGGAAAUGAUUGAAAACUAUGUUCACUGGAAUGAAGACAUUGGAGAAUGGCAGCUGAAAUGUGUUGCAUAUACAGGGAACAACAUGAGGAAACAGACUCCUGUCCUGGAUAAGAAAGAAAAAGAUCCCUUUGAAGUGGACCUUUCCCAUGUUUACUUAGCCUACACUGAAGAAAGCUUGAGGCAAUCACUGAUGAAGCUGGAGAGGCCAAGGACUUCAAAAGGAAGAUCCAGGCCCAAGACGGGUAGAAGAAAACGUUCGGCAAAGCCAGGAGCUGUCAUUGACUCUCUGCUGCAGUAGGUGUGACCUGUUCAGAAUUGCCGUAUAAAUCAGUGAGUGUGUAAGAUUGGGCCAGAAUAUGGAGUUCAAGAGGUGGCACAGUUUGGCUAUAAAAUCCAUACCUUGCUGGUAUGGAGCUUUAUUUUAAAGAAAUGUAUUUUUCCUUAGUUGCCCGUAUAUUGUAUGUUAUAUUAACAUAAUAUUAAACUGGUAUGUAUGAUGGUUGUGAAA